AUGGUUGCCCCUCACCCUUCGGCUGAGGGGCAAGGGAUGUCACUGUCAGAACAAAAAUCCUUCUCCCAAUUGUUCACUGAACCUACUCCAUUUCCCAUCCAUGUGAGGCCAGUGACAACUUACAAAGGAGAAGCUGCGGUAAUCUUCUCCAAACAAGAUGCAGAAAAACUGGCAGCACCAUAUCGAUGGGUACUAGUAGGAAAAUUCUCGCACGGAAGGCCUUCAUUGGAGGAAAUUCGAAAGAUUUUUACUUCGCUGAAUCUAAAAGACCAAAUUUCUGUUGGGUUGUUAGAUUAUCGUCAUGUACUGCUAAAAUGUGCAUCAGAAGUGGAUUUCAAUAGAAUUUGGAUGCGAGGUAUAUGGCAAUUGGGGAAGUUCCCUAUGCGUGUUUUCCGCUGGACGAGAGACUUUCACGGCCACAAGGAGUCUUCUCUAGCUCCCGUUUGGGUUUCAUUACCAUCACUACCAAUACACUAUUUUGACAAACACUCGUUGUUUUCAAUUACUUCGCUGGUGGGAAAGCCUUUGUUCCUAGACUCGGCAACGGCGGCUGCUUCGCGAUCGAAUAAAGCACGAGUUUGUGUGGAAGUGGACCUGCUUAAACCUAUCUGCACCAGGGUGUGGAUAUCAGUAGAGGGAGAGAUGAGAUUUUGGCAGAAAAUUGUACCUGAAGAAAUGCCAUGUUAUUGCUCUGCUUGUUGGAGAUUGGGAUGUUCUGUGGACGAGUGCAGGAAGAACUCUUCAGAGCAGCAUGUGACCCAUGGUAUGAGAUGA